AUGUAUGGGCUCAUAAAAGGUCCAGUAUUCUGCUCAGAGGACGAGACUCGUCUGGUGAAUAACCUGUUUACUGGUUACAACAAGGUGGUUCGUCCAGUUAACCACUUCAAAGACGCCGUAGUGGUUACAGUGGGACUGCAGCUAAUACAGCUUAUCAGUGUGGAUGAAGUUAACCAGAUUGUGACCAGUAAUGUCCGUCUCAGACAGCAAUGGUUAGAUGUGAACCUGAAGUGGAAUCCAGAUGAAUACGGAGGCGUCAGGAAGAUCAGAGUCCCUUCAACCGACAUAUGGAAACCUGACCUGGUGCUUUACAACAAUGCUGAUGGUGACUUCGCCAUCAUCCAUGAAACCAAAGUCCUGUUGGAGCACACCGGGAUGAUAACAUGGAACCCGCCGGCCAUCUUUAAAAGUUACUGUGAGAUUAUUGUCCUCCAUUUCCCGUUCGACCUGCAGAACUGUAGCAUGAAACUGGGAACAUGGACCUAUGAUGGACUGCUGGUCGUCAUCAACCCAGACAGUGAUCGGCCUGACCUCAGUAACUUUAUGGAGUCGGGUGAAUGGGUGUUAAAGGACUACAGGAGCUGGAAACACUGGGUUUACUACACCUGCUGUCCCGACACACCAUACCUUGACAUUACCUAUCAUUUCCUUAUGCUGCGGCUGCCUCUCUAUUUCAUUGUCAACGUCAUCAUUCCCUGCAUGCUGUUCUCUUUUCUCACCGGGCUGGUCUUCUACCUACCUACUGACUCUGGUGAAAAGAUGACUCUCUCCAUCUCCGUCCUGCUGUCUCUGACUGUCUUCCUGCUGGUUAUUGUGGAGCUGAUCCCCUCCACCUCCAGCGCUGUUCCUCUCAUAGGGAAAUACAUGCUCUUCACAAUGGUGUUUGUCAUCGCCUCCAUUAUCAUCACUGUCAUUGUCAUCAACACACAUCACCGCUCGCCCAGCACGCACACCAUGCCCGCCUGGAUCCGCAAGGUCUUCAUCGAAACCAUUCCCAACAUGAUGUUCUUCUCAACAAUGAAGCGGCCCAGCCAGGAAAUUCGGCAGAAGAGGUUGUUCCCUACUGACAUGGACAUCUCUGACAUCUCAGGUAACCCCACCCCCACCAGUGUCACCUACCAGUCUCCCAUCACUAAAAAUCCUGAUGUUCGCAGCGCAAUAGAAGGGGUGAAGUACAUCGCUGAGACAAUGAAAUCAGACGAGGAAUCUAACAAUGCAGCAGAGGAGUGGAAGUUUGUUGCCAUGGUUUUGGACCACAUCCUGCUCUGUGUCUUCAUGGCCGUGUGCAUCAUCGGGACGGUCGGCGUCUUUGCUGGGAGACUCAUCGAGCUCAACAUGCUGUAGAGAGGCCUGAUGCAUAAAGGAGUAUGUGUAUUAUCAAGAUGUACGUCACACAUCAGAAAAGCUUUUAUCAUUGGAUUGGUUCAGGUUGUGCUUGCUCUCUUUCCCGCUCUGUCUCUCACACAGUUUGAGUUGGUUUUUAAAUGCUGUAGUGAAGUGACAUGUUGUGUAUUUGAGGAGACUGCACUUGAAGGCAAAUCAUGCAUCUUAAAGGCAUGAGUUUCGUCAUGGUUCGUCACUAAGAAUUUUUCUAUUGUUUUUGUUUUCUACAGUGUUUUAUUGCUGUUAACUCUACUGGGCUCUAUGAGUGUAUUUUGACUCUUGUGUAAAAGUCCAGUAACAGUAAUAAUUGAUUUGUUUUGUUCUUGUUCUGCCUGACACUCAUUGGACUUCUAAACUUGUCAUAUAUAUUUAUGGUUUAAGGUUGUGAAUUGUUUAAAUUAUUCAUGGGUUAGUGGCAAGGUUUGCUUUGUUACUGAUGCAUGUAAGUUUCUCUUAACUCAGUUGUAGUUUGUUAAGAGCUCAUUCAUUUUGAAUAAUACUUUUUGCAUAAAGGAUUUUCAAACACAGUCCUUCACAUGUUGAAAAUCUGUUUAAAAUCUGUAAUCUGUUAAAAAAAAAAAAAAACUUAAACCAACAAUCUGUUGUAGGUAAAGUUGCCGGUGAAUAUCGAGCCAAGGGAGGCAUGGCGUUUGUUCUCGGGCAGCCAUCUCAAAGCUGCACCAAGCUGGUAUGCUGCUCCUCUCUGACACUUUUGAUUUGUCACUUCUUCCACGUGGAGAUUCAUUGUUUAGGGAACAUGGGAUUAAAGCUGGUAAGAAUCGUUUUGCUUUAAUUGCAUAGCAAAUAAAACAAGCAAGUGACAGAGCAAAGGAAGAUUGUAAAACAAUGGAAGUGAAAAAAUCCAUCAAAUUUAAUUUUGAAAUAUCACAGCAGCAGUGUUACUGCCUGUUAACAGCAACCAGCUGAAGGCAACUUGAUUUAUUUUGCUGCUGUUCCUUAGGACAAGAAACCCUUAGUUUGGUUUAAUGAAUAAAUGAAUAAAGUUCUGCUCUCAUA